AUGUGGGAAUUUGUUUUACUCAAAGAGCCCGAAGACUACAGAAGAGUGAAGAGAAAUACGUUUUUCGCCUCUGUAACACCGCAGCAACCGCAAAAUCAACCCCUCCCGCCGGCACCUUCCCCGUCACCUACACCAUCUAACAACCAGUAUUAUCCGCCUCGAGAACAAAUUCUGCAAGUUCCACCACCACCACAAAGAGCUCCUCCUCCUCCUCCUCCUCUUCCACAUUCACAGCAACAGCCAGUGCAAGCGUUUACUCCGAAUAUUCCAAAGGUGAAACUGAUGGCACAAGUUACUCUGCGCAGUGAAUUGUUGACGAAAAGUAUUUUCAGCCGUACAUUGCUCCGCUCGCUGCGGCUCCACCUCAACAAUAUCCUCAACUUCAGCAGCCUAGACUUCAGCAGCUCAGACUUCAGCAGCCAUCCAUUGACCAUAAUGCGCCUCCACCGUUCCAACGUCAUCUUAUGGAACGUCCAACUAUCCAUGCGUCAAGUUUCUCCACAAAUUCCUUUCAAACUUCUUCAUCAACAAAAUCAGGCUCGAAUUGGAACCUGAACCAACAUCAGAAUGAUAUCGGGAGACCGGAAAGAAAUUAUGCGUCUGGAGCAUCCCCAAUAAAUUACUGGACAGAGGACAUCACGCAUGUGAGCGCUUCGGAAAAGAUUGCGGAAAAUCCGUAUGCGACGAAGAGUGUGAGUGAAUGAGAUACUGGAUGGAAUAACCAAAGAAUAUGCAGUUUUAGAAUUAUGAAGGAAAAGAGCAGAAAAAAUCGUCGAAGAGUAGAAAGAAGAACAGAAAGAAAGAAAAGAUAGCGAAAAUGUGCAAAAUGUGUCAGGAUGAAUCGUCGGAGGAAAGCAGUGAAGAAAGGGAAAUGGCAUGUGAAAGUUAGUCCCAAUUUCUUCUAUGAGCACAAUCAUUUUAACUUUCAGUUUGCGAAAGAUCUUCGAAGAAGCGAAAGAAGACCGGGGGAUACACACAAUCCCCUGACAAAUCGGAUGAUUCCGAUGAGCACAAGGAUGACGAUGAUGACAGUGAUGAUAGUAAAGAAGAUUCCGAAGAGGUCCGUUUUAGAAGCACCACAACGAGCCCACGAUUAUUCAGAAGCUCUCAUCUCCACCGACUAUUGGCGAUUAUGCGGAACGAGCCAAACAAAAUAAGCUGAUGAGAAUACCGGUGUACAGGGGAAAGUCGGUGAUGAGCAUCAUGAAAGAAAUGGAGAAAAGGGCAAAGAACACAACGAGAGUAGACAGUGCGGAGAAUGACGAGUCCGACGAAAAGUCUGAGUACUCCUCAAACGUAAGUACAGUGGAUUUUAACUUCAUAUCCGAUAAAUGCUUCUAUAGAUUCGAGAAGGUGGCGAAAAAAGUACGAAAUACUCAAACAAGCCGAAUGUGAAGUACUCAUACCCACCGAAGGACACUCUUCCCCUUCAGACAUGCUUCCACAACCCAUCCGGCUAUGUCUGCUGUAAUCUAGAGCUCAACAACGUUGUAGAGUCCACAUACAAAGAGAUUCGCGAGUCGCCAAAUUUCAAUGCGUGCAAUCUUCAAAUAAUUGCCAACAAGGUGCAGAGAGCCAGCGAGAAAAUGUUCGGACAUCCAUUUGAAAGCGUUGUCGCUCAUGCAGACUUUGCUCAGAACAUUAAUUUUGCCGGUGAUUUAGUAUGCAAGUUGGAAAUUGACGGAAAGUAAGCCUGGCUCUGAAACAUUUCCAACUGAAAAUCGGAUAAUUUUUAGAUAUAUAAUGGCAUACGGAACACCCUACCACGCAGACAGUGCUCAAGGUCCCCAAGGUCCAGACGGAGAACCGCUGCCCGUCAGAUUCAGAUCACGGAAAAAAUUCUAA